GUCUCCCGUGAUUUGCCGAGAACAGCCGGUCGAGUCGCAGUUGUUCUCGGCUGGGAUGGGAGGGGGGCAGCUUGACAACCACCAGGCCCCCGUCUAGUCUCCCCUUCCCUUCCCCUGAUGCGCCCGUUCCGCCUGACACACCGCUAUCUCGCUCGUUCAGACUGAGGCGAGGACCGGGGGGCACCGAGCGCACGGCCUGAAGACAGUGGUUUCGUUCGUUCGUUUUCCAGGGGGGUCCCGUGCAACACCGGGCUGAGCGAGCGGAGCGGAGGAUGACUCUGGAGUCCAUGAUGGCGUGCUGCCUGAGCGAGGAGGCGAAGGAGUCCAAACGAAUCAAUGCCGAAAUUGACAAACAGCUCCGGCGAGACAAGCGAGACUCCAGGCGAGAGCUCAAAUUACUGCUGCUGGGCACAGGGGAGAGUGGCAAAAGCACCUUCAUAAAGCAGAUGAGGAUCAUACAUGGAGCGGGCUACUCAGAUGAAGACAAGAGGGGCUUCAUCCGCCUGGUCUACCAGAACAUCUUCAUCUCGAUGCAGUCCAUGAUUCGAGCCACAGAGACUCUGAAGAUCCCCUUCAAGUUUGAGGAGAACCGGGCCAAUGCUGGGCUGGUGAAGGAGGUGGACAUAGAGAAGAUCAACAGCUUUGAGGAGCCGCACAUCUCAGCCAUCAGGACCCUGUGGUCUGACCCUGGGAUCCAGGAGGCCUACGACCGGAGGAGAGAGUACCAGCUGUCCGACUCCACUAAAUAUUAUCUUUCGGAUCUGGAGCGAAUUUCAGAUCCCAACUAUCUUCCUACGCAACAGGAUGUGCUCAGAGUGCGCAUCCCCACCACAGGAAUCAUAGAGUACCCCUUCGACUUGCAAAGCAUCAUUUUCAGAAUGGUGGACGUCGGGGGUCAGAGGUCAGAGAGAAGGAAGUGGAUCCACUGCUUUGAGAAUGUGACAUCCAUCAUGUUCCUGGUGGCUCUGAGUGAAUAUGACCAGGUCCUGGUGGAGUCCGACAAUGAGAACCGUAUGGAGGAGAGCAAAGCGCUGUUCCGGACCAUCAUCACCUACCCCUGGUUUCAGAACUCCUCCGUCAUCCUCUUCCUCAACAAGAAGGAUCUGCUAGAGGAGAAGAUUGCCUACUCACAUUUAGUGGAUUAUUUUCCCGAAUUUGAUGGUCCCCAGAGGGAUGCCCAGGCCGCCCGGGAGUUCAUCUUGAAAAUGUUUGUGGACUUAAACCCUGACAGUGACAAGAUCAUCUACUCUCACUUCACCUGUGCCACGGACACUGAGAACAUCCGCUUUGUGUUUGCCGCGGUCAAAGACACCAUCCUACAGCUCAACCUCAAGGAAUACAACCUGGUGUAGGAGCUGUCGAGCCCACUGCACUGCACAAAGCCCGGGCUCUGUGGCCUGUGCUACUGUCUGUGGCAUCACCUGAUCACUCCCCCUCUGCCUCCCUCUACUCUCCCCACCCCCCCAACACACCCCUCUGGUCUCCGGCAGCUUGUGUUGAGUCCACAGUGGGUCUGUGUGCCCUGUCAUGUGGGCACACUGGCUCUGUGGGCAUGGGUGUGUUUGUGGCAGCACUCACUGUGACAACAUGCAUUGGUGAAAGAAGAAUCCAGACCAACUUUGAGUAGAAGAGAAGUACCUCUGACAGCAGCUAGAGGGCAGCACAGCACUGCUCUGACACACUCCAGUUGGACUAAAGUGCUGCACUUGGUGCAUAAACAAAGGAAUGUACCAUCAGUGUGAGCUCUGCUACGGACUAUGAUUUUAAUGUUUCCAUUCUGAAGACGAAUGAAGUGCUUCUUUACUCACACGAAUCAAAAUACACAACACAAGAUUUUUAAACCAUUUUAAUAAUGUCUUUGUUGCUCUGUAUAUUUAAAAUGCUAAAUAGAAUUAUUUAUAACAAAAAAAUGUUAGAGGCAACCAGACUUGACUACGUUGAUUUUGUGAGUGUGUAGAGCUUUUCAGUGAGAACAAUCACAUGGUCUGGGUUUGUCCUGUAGGCCGCUGCCACUGUAGUGCACGUGUGCAGGGCCACGCCCAUUCACUUUAGACACAAGGCUGUGGGUCUGUCCCUCACAUCAGUGAACAUUCUACAGUCUUUACACCACAGUUAGGUGCAUAUCCAUCCUCCGCCUUCUCCAAAUCCUGUUUUGAAGACAAAGGCCAAGCUACUGUAAAUAAAAAUGGAAAUACCUGAGAAUGCUGGUCUAUGGGUUUCUACAGUCUGGACACAGUGGACUUGAUUUCCUAAAAAAUAUUUAAAUUCAGAUUUGAUGAAAUGCCUGUUAUAAUUCUAACAUGUGAAAUGUCUAACUUCUUUAUCGUAUGCCACUGUUUAUUUCCCCAAAACUAGUUAUUCAAAGAUUGCUCCUGGAAUCACAUUUACUGUCAUACACUCUUUGCAAAUCAAAUUCCCCAGAAAGCAUUGGUGAAUGACAUAUCUAGGUUCAUCAUAACGAGAUGCUAAUUAACACACUAUUUCCCCCUGGAACAGCCCACCUCUCCAGCCUGUAACCCAAGCACCCAUACACUAUUUGGUCUUGUAUCACUUAUUUCCAUUGGUUUUGAUGGUGUCACGUUGGUAUUACUGAGGGCCUGUGCACAGUGUGGCAUAACCUUUAUUUAUCUUAACUUAUUUAUGGACCACAAGUCGGACUACUUUGUGUCGCGGAAGAACUCCCCACGUGGCAGAGCGUACUUGAGUCUCUGAACUGCUGUAUAAAUGAAUGUGCUUGAUAGUAAGGACAUAUCUUUGCUUUUUAUGUUCCGACCCCACAUUUUUGCCACUAUUCCAUGGAUAAGAAGACACUUUGGUUUUGUAGGAUUCUUCACGUUUGUGUGGACACUAUUUUUACUUGGUUUAGAGACGUACUGCGUAUUAUAAUUGAGUAUUACAUAGUUUUUUGUUUUGUUUUUUUUUACAUUUUUUUUUAUUCUGGCCACUUCUGAUUGUGGAUUCUAACUGCAAUGAUUAUUUUUAAGAUUUGAAGGUUGAGAAAGUGCUAGAGAUGCGUGAUUAUAUUCUAGGAUCUGAAAUUUUAAUCCUAAUCCCCAUUAAGGGCUGUGAUAGAGCAUACUUUACAACAGUUUACAUGGACAGCCCUCCCAAGUACUUUCUUUGUUAAAAAUAACACAUUUUAGACAAGAAAAUGGCCCAUCUCUACAUCAACGUUUCUAUCAGUAGACGCUAAACGAUGCUGCUUUGGCCCCUAGUAUUACGAAAGUGCAUGGCAAAGAAUAGAUCGAUUUACUGAGGAAGAUGGAGAGAAGAAAGUCACCUAAAAACAUGAUUUCCCUAUUAAACUAAGUGCAAUGAUAGUAUAGUUUUAUGUCAGAUGCCCUUCCUUCUAACUCUUCAAUUAGGGAAGAGGGUAGAAUUGGUUCACAUUAAGUUGGAUGCAAUUUAAAAGCUUUAUUAAUGCAGGCGAUAUUCAUCACUAUUUUCUUACCCAAAUAGGAGGUAAAAUGUCUUGUGGGUACAGGUUUGUGGGUUAUGUUGCCAUGCACCAAGGAGAGUCUGUAUGUCAUGAUGCCAGUAUUCUACAAAUGAAGGAUUUUUGAUAGUAGUAGUAGUUCUUAGUAUGGCACUGGACACUAAUUUAUGGGCAAGGCCAAGUAAGUUUUAGUAUGAAUCUUGAGUAUUGUCUACAGUUGAAUUAGUAGAAAAUAUUGAAAGUCCGGGGAACACACAAAUGAAAAGUAUUUGUUUUGAAGUAUUGCCUUGAAGAAUGAAGGACUGCAGCCCUUUAACAGUUGGGCAGAGCAGGUGUACUCAAUGAACCUGCAUUUGGAUCAUUCAGUCCCCUGUCACAUGACCAGAAGCAUUAGGACCAUUUUAUUUAUGUUGUGUAAUUUCUUUGUACAAAGCGAUGUAAAAUAUGUAUUAUACUGAGUGUGCCAACCCCACUCUAUAGAGCAAGGCUCACUGUAAGUGCCAACGCCGUGGUCACCGUGGGACCACCCGACCGCUCCCUCCUGAAGGAAAACACACUAGGCUAGAAGAGUUCACAGAGACUUUACUAUCUGUAUUUAAGAUUUAAAAAAAUAAUCUGUUUUUUAAGAGACUGUAAUAAUAUUUGCAUGUGCUGUUUUAUUUUGUGUUGAAAGUGAGGGCUUGGUUUUUCAAUGAAGCAGACCCUUUAUAGAAGGGCUCAUGCAUUUGGUUUUUAAUGAUUUCCAUGAAUCUUGCCAUAUUUUUCAAUCGUGUUUCUGUAUUUGUUUGGACCACUGUUGCCUGAUCCUCAUUCAGACAUGAUUACGAUUCAUUGCCGCCUUUGAGAGAUACAUAAUGACAAGCUAUUUGUUUAAAUUAAAAUAAAUUGUUCCUAUACUUG